AUUUUCUUUUUUAUUAUCAAAUACUUUUAGGUUAUAAACAUUCUCAGUAUAAUUAGCAUUUGUAGUAGAUUAGUGCACAAUCAGUUAUUCACCAUACGUUAAUAAGUACACUUAUUCACUUUACUUCUAUUAACAACUAAAGUGUAAUUUAAAAUUAAUAUUAAACUAUUCGUCAAAUUUGUAUAAGUUGAUAUUUUGCAUCAACAAUUGUUAAUCGUUACAUACAUAACUAAGUACGUCUAACCCAACCAAUAUUAUUUUAUGGUAAAAAACACGCCAUCUGUGGCAGAACUUAAUCCUGACAUCGUAAAUACAUAUGAGAUAUCUAUCUAGUAGUUAUCCAGAAAUAUUAUUGUAAUCACGAAAUUUAUUUGAUCUUUUUGCACAUAAUGGUAGAGGAAGUAGUUAAUUCUACUAAUAAACCUAAGAAUAAAACUGCCCGACCACGUCCAGUUUAUUUAUGGAAUGUGUUAGAUGUACAAAAAUGGUUAAGGAGGCAUUGUAGUGAUUAUUAUCAAUUGUAUCACGAAAAGUUUUUAUAUCAUGACAUCACAGGAAGAGUUUUGUUGAGAAUUAAUGAAAAUAUUUUAUUGAGAUUGGGAAUUGAUAAUGAGCAACAUAGAAUGGAUAUUUGGAGAGAAAUAAUGAAAUUACAUCUUAAAACAGAUAUGUUAGAAAUUAAAGAUAUUGAGCGACGCAAUAAUAUAAAUUUUGAUUAAAAUGUGAAGAUAAUCGAUAUUAUGAAACCAGUAACUUAUUUAUAAUUAAGCUUUAUUUUUUUGCUAACAUAUAGUA